CCCCCUCCAGCACCAUGGAUCCUGCCAGCGACAUCGCGAUGCUGUCGCGCAUGCGCACUAUCCGCGCGGCUGAGGAGCGCGGGGACUCGCGGGUGCAGCGCGCGCUCGCCGGAGCCACCGUCUUCAUCACCGGGGGCACCGGCUUCCUGGGGAAACAACUCAUUGAGAAACUCUUCAGAUCCUGUCGGGACAUCAAGAAGAUUUAUCUCCUUUCGAGAGACAAGAAGGGCAAAUCCAUGGAAGAGAGACUGAAGAAGACUUUAGAAGACCCUGUAUUUGAAGAAGCUCGGAAGUUGAACCCUUACUUCGAGAAGCGGCUGGUGCCGGUGGCCGGCGACGUGGCGGAGCUGAGGCUGGGUCUGAGUGACGAGGACUGGAAUAUGCUGACUGAGGAGGUUAACUACAUUUACCACAUCGCAGCCACCGUGCGAUUUGACGAGCCCCUGAAAGUGGCCAUCCUCACGAACGCCCGCGGCACAAGGGAAGUCAUAACCCUUGCCAAGGAGACCAAGAACCUGAAAACCUUUGUCCACGUAUCCACGGCUUACUCCAACUGCUAUAAUGAGGAGACAUUUGAAAAAUUCUACCCGACUCCUGUGUCUGCGCAAACGAUUAUCGACCUUUGUGAAACCUUUGAUGAGGAUCGUCUGGAAGCUAUCACUCCGCAUAUCCUGGGGGGUUGGCCGAACACAUAUUCCUUCUCGAAAGCCAUAGCGGAAGAAGCCGUCAGGACUUACGCCACGGACAUCCCAACCUGUGUGGUGCGGCCUGGCAGUGUGGUUCCGACUGCGUGUGAGCCGGCGCCGGGCUGGCUGGACAUCAGCAACGUGUCCGGACCUAGUGGCUUCGUGCUAGGCACAGCCACCGGCGUGAUCCACACGUCCCUGGUGAACCCCGACGCUAAACACGACAUCGUCCCAGUAGACUACGUCACCAACCUCACCAUCGCCGCCACGUGGGACACUGUGCAGCGCUACGAAAAUGGACACAGGGAUAUAAAGAUCUACACCGUUUCUAAUAUCAGGAACUUUGUUAGUUGGAGAGUCUACAGAGAUGUUCUAGAAACGGAGGGCAGAAAGCUGGUAUCUCCGAAAGCAAUUUGGUAUUGUGGAACAGUGGAGGCAUACAACGAAUAUACCUACUUUCUGUUGUCUCUCUUCCUCCACUUCAUCCCAGCAUUCUUUGUGGAUAUUGUAUUAAAAUUAAGAGGGAGUAAAUUUAGGCUUCUAAAAAUCUACAAGAGGGUUUACAAACUUAACACAAUCGUUAGCUUCUUCCUCUUGAGGCCUUUCCGUCUUCAUGACGACAACACCUUGGAUCUCUUCAACCGACUCUCCGACACUGACAGAACCAUCUUCAACUUUGACGUGGCCGAUAUCGACUUCAACGUCUACGUAAAAUACUGGUGGCUUGGGCUCAGGAAGUACAUCAUUAAGGAUGGAUUAAAAGGCACUGAUGAGGCUGUAAGAAAGCAGAAGUGGCUGAAGGUUUUAAAUUACGUUCUUGUCGUUUUGUAUGCGUUCGUUGUUUGCAAACUUUUGGUGUUUACUGGGUCGAUUGUUUGGGCUGGACUCAGAUGUUUGUUUUAAGGUUUUGUUGAAUUAAAUUGUCCGUCGUUUGUGUCGUA